ACGAGUUUGACUUAGCCCCCAGAGAAUGGCGCACGGGUGGGCGGAACGGUUAUUCGGGAUGGACGCCUUCGCCGGUUCCCCCGCCGACUGGUGCACCCUGCGCCAUCGCACCGUCGCCGCAGGCCAGCUCCCGAUGAAAAGGCGGAAAGAGCUGGAAUUGAAGAGCGUCCAGCGUACACACAGGCGGCCACUCGAUAGUGUAAUACAUGUUGGCAUGUUUCAGGACGAAGAGGCGCCACACAUUCACACAUUCGUGAGCCUGGUUACGUUCGCACAAACUGCGCAGUGCCAUUGUGUCAUCUCGUGGGGCCAAGGUGGUUUCCAUGUCCAACACAGGGAAGAACUCCAACACGUGCCAGUUCUUCAUCGCGUUCGGCGAGUUGAAGCAGCUGAACGGGACACGCUUGCGCUUCAACGGUCGACUGACUUUACUAUGUCUGACCACCCUAUUGGGCUGUGACCUUUACGAGCGGAGCAGCUGCCAGAAGUUUGGCAACCUCUGCGACUUGACGAGCAGUGGGAUUCAGUGGCCCAGGAAGCACGUGGUCCUCGGGCGCGUCGUGGAGGGCAUGGAGAUUAUCGACCGUGUCGAGGAGGAGGCCGAUGCCGCACCGAGUGGUUUGACAAGCGUUGGCGCGGGAACAUAUUCCAGACCCCCUCUCGUGAUGUGUUCUGUCAAAUUCAUUUUUCAUUCAUUGCACCUCCUCGUAUUCAUCCCCUCCAGCCAUGUGUUCCUGGCAAAGUGUUCUCAGACAGUGUUCAGCUGCAGAGAGUCUCGCGAGAGCUGGGUCGGAAGACGCCCGCCCCUGGGCGUAGGGACGCGGGAGACACGCGCCCUGGAGAGCCCAAGCAGCGCUGGCGGCGGCGACAGCUCUAAGGCACGAGCGGGUUCUCCAGACGAGCGGGUUUGCCGCCAGGCCGCAACCGAGAAGGAGGGGAAACCUCUGCUCCCGGUGGUCAUCGUCGACUGCGGCAUCCUCGAGUCGUGAGAAAGCGCACCCUGGCCCAGGGCCCUCCUCGGACGUGGCGCGCCCUCCUGCCUCAGC